UGCUCUUCGUAGCUCCACCUGUAUCAGCAUCGCUCUGUUCCCAUGACCGUCUCUUUCCCCCUGCCCGCCCCUCGUCGGCGCGCAGUAGCGCUUCUUCCGUGCUCCUCCAUCCCUCCGCUCGGAAGUCGCUCGUUGGCUUUCGGCUCGCACUCCUCGCAAUCCGUCGAAGCGGUCUCCGCGAGCACGCGUCGCCUUCUGUCGCCGUUUCUACGAGGCCAGUACCGCUCGGCUGGCUCUCAGCGCGUCCGCGUGCCGCCAGGUUCCGUGGGCGCGUCGACUGCCGUGAGAGCCGCCAUGGCCGGUGCGGAGGCCGCCAAGCGGCCGUUCGUGGGCGACCUGGGAGUGCGCAGCGGGUUCGUGGACGCGAUCGGCAACACUCCCCUCAUCCGACUGAACCGCGCCUCAGAGGAGACAGGCUGCGAGAUAUACGGCAAGGCGGAGUUUUUGAAUCCGGGGGGGUCAGUGAAGGACAGGGCGGCAUUGUACAUCAUUAAGGCGGCAGAGGCGAGUGGCGAGCUGCGGGAGGGCGGGGUGAUCGUGGAGGGCACGGCGGGCAACACAGGCAUCGGGCUGGCGCUCGUGGCCAAUGCGCGCGGCUACAAAACUGUCAUCGUCAUCCCCGACACCCAGAGCCAGGAGAAGAAGGACAUGCUGCGCAUUGCAGGAGCCACUCUCGUGGAGGUGCCAGCAGUGCCGUACAAGAACCCCAACAACUAUGUCAAGUACUCGGGCAGACUUGCACACGCCAUUGCCAAGACCAAUCCGGGGGGUGCCAUAUGGGGCAACCAGUUUGACAACACAGCCAACAGGCAGGCGCACUACGAGACAACAGGCCCUGAGAUCUGGGCGCAGACGGAGGGGCGCGUGGACGGCUUCAUCUGCGCCAUCGGCACGGGGGGCACCCUCGCAGGCACUGGCAAGUACCUGAAGGAGCGCAAGGCGGGUGUGCGCGUGGGCAUGGUGGACCCCAUGGGCGCCGCCAUGUUCAGCUACUACACCAACGGCACACUGCAGGCGCAAGGCACCUCCAUAUCAGAGGGCAUAGGGCAGGGUCGCAUCACAGGCAACCUGCAGGGGUGGGGGCUGCCAGAGAGGGAAGGAGGAUGCGUUGACUUCUGCUGUCAGGUGGCGGAUGAGGAGGCGCUGCCUGUGAUGUACGACCUGCUGCGCCACGAGGGGCUGUGCGUGGGGCUGUCGUCGGGCAUCAAUGUGGCGGGCGCUGUGCGCCUGGCGCGCGCCAUGGGCCCGGGCCACACCAUCGUGACGGUGCUGUGCGACCUGGGCACGCGCUACCAGGGCCGCCUCUUCAACCCGCCCUUCCUGCAAGGCAAGGGGCUGCCCCUGCCCACCUGGAUGGACGCCAAUGCACCGCCUGCUGUGGACGUGCCACAGGUGUUUGAGGAGGCAGAACCAUAAGCAGGGGGGCGGGAGGGGGGGGGGGCGAUAGGGGGAGAUGAAGCAGAGGGGUUUUGGGAAAGGGGAUGAGGUGUGGGAGCCGCGAGGAACGAGGAGAGGGUGUAGAAUAGGGUAGAAGCGUAGCGGAGGGUGGACAUGUGUUGCAAGUGGCACGCGGAGGCAUCUGUAGCGGGCAGCGCAAUGUGCAUGGGCAUAGUAGAACUUGUCAUAGUAGGUACAUUCUCAUGAUGACCUGCCAUGCAUCAGUGGGCUCACAUCCCUGCCAUCAUGGCAGUGGCAGCAGGCAGCCAAUGGGAGGGUGAUAUUAAACCCUGCAUAGUUGCACAGCAGCAUGCAGCAGGUGCUGAUGCCAGGCACGAAGAAAAGCACGUGCUUGCUAAACCCUAUGACAUGCUACAGCAAAAAGCUGUCAGUUGCUGUCCACGGAACUAUAAGCG